UUCAGCAGUGCAGCAGCUCCUGCUGUGUCUGUCUCUGUCUGUGUCUGUCUGUGUCUGUCUGUGUCUUUCCGGCAGAUAAAUCAACUUAAACUGGGGCAAAAGAAGAAGCGACUGACUUAAAAUGAUCAAUAACCUUCAUGAGCUCAGUGUUUGUUUACAUUGUUGUCGCUGUUCUUUCUUUGGCUGCUGUAAAGCCAGGCUAAGCUAAUCAAGCUCGCUGAGGAUGGCUUCAACUUCUGCAGCAACAUGGCAUGAAGGUGACAGCUGUCUGGCUCCUGACCCGAGAGAUGGCACCCUGCGAGAAGCCACCAUUCAGAGACUGACCACCUCUUCUAAUAAAGACACCACAGCAUGGGUUGUAUUCACUGACCGUACUAAAGAUGAAGACGAAGAGGAGGAGGAGGAGGAGAAAGCUGUACCUGUCUCAAAACUCAUGAAACCAGGCUCGAAUCACUUCACCCAGGAGAAACCUGUGUUUCCCAGCAGCGUCACAGACCCCAGGUUAUGCGUUCCAUUAGAGCUGAGUGAUGUUAAUGGAGACAGAGUCCCCUACACCAUCAACAGAUAUCUGAGGGAUUACCAGAGAGAAGGUAUCAGGUUCAUUUACAACAACUACAUGCGGUCCAGAGGUUGUAUCCUGGGGGAUGACAUGGGCCUGGGAAAAACUGUACAGGUCAUUGGUUUCCUUGCUGCUGUGUUGCACAAAACAGGCACCUGGGAGGACAUCAAAAACAACCGGCCUCAGUUUCUGCAGAGUCAGAUGCCCUCCAAGCAAAGUAAACCCAACAAAGUGUUCCUCAUUGUGGCCCCACUGUCAGUGCUUUAUAAUUGGAAAGAUGAAUUGGACACAUGGGGUCACUUCCAGUGUGUGGUGGUCCACGGGCUGAGAAAAGAAGAGGAGCUGGCUCGCCUUAAAAAGGGUCGUAUUGAGAUUGCUCUCACUACCUAUGAGACUCUUCGUCUUUGUCUGGAUCAGUUUAAUAACAUAGACUGGUCUGCUGUGGUUGUGGACGAGGCCCACAAGAUAAAAAAUCCAAACUCUCAGAUCACUCAGGCAAUGAAGGAUCUGAAGUGUAAGAUCAGAAUUGGCCUUACGGGCACCAUCUUACAAAACAACCUUGAGGAGCUGUGGUGUGUGAUGGACUGGGCCAUACCUGGUUGUCUUGGCAGCUUAGGACAAUUCAAGAACAAGUUUUCAGAUCCGAUUGAGCAAGGUCAGAGGCACAGUGCAACCAAACGAGCCCUGGCUACAGGAAGGAAGGCUAUCAGGGCCUUGGUGAGGAAGAUAUACCACUGGUUCCUCAGAAGGACUAAAGCACUUAUCAAAGAACAACUGCCUAAAAAGGAUGAUAGGGUGGUGUAUUGCUCUCUGACAGACUUUCAGCAGACUGUGUAUCAGACGGUGCUGGACACUGAAGAUGUUACAUUACUGCUGAGGUCUUCCGAGAAAUGUGAAUGUCAAAGUAGGCGCACUCGCAGAGGCUGCUGCUAUAAAACAAACUCAGAAGGUGUGAAUAUGAAGGAGCUGUACUUUAGUUACUUGGCCAUAUUGAGGAAGGUUGCCAACCAUGUAGCGCUGCUUCAGUGCACUGCAGGCACCAGCAAGCAACAGGAAAAGUAUGUGGGUGGCAUUUGUGCAAAGGUAUUCCAAAGGUUUCCAGACUUUGUGCAGCGAUGCAAAGAUGAAGCGUUUGAGGCCCUGUCUGACCCAAUGUACAGUGGAAAGAUGAAGGUUUUGCAGAAACUGCUGAAGUAUUAUCUGCAAAAGAGAGAUAAAGUACUUCUUUUUUCUCUCUCAACCAAGCUCUUAGAUGUACUGGAGAAGUACUGCAUGGCAGAGGGGCUGGACUACAGCAGGUUGGACGGAACCACCAAAGCCAAAGAGAGAGUCCAGAUUGUCAAAGAGUUCAACACAUCCUCACACAUCAACCUCUGCCUGGUUUCCACCAUGGCAGGUGGUCUCGGUCUUAACUUUGUAGGAGCCAAUGUGGUGGUGUUGUUUGACCCCACAUGGAACCCAGCCAAUGACCUCCAAGCUAUUGACAGGGCGUAUCGAAUUGGCCAGUGCAGGGAUGUGACUGUUCUUAGGCUGAUCUCACUGGGCACUGUAGAGGAGAUUAUCUACCUCAGACAAGUUUACAAACAGCAAUUGCAGUCUUCAGUUGUGGGCAAGGAAAGUGCGCGGCGGUACUUUGAGGCAGUUCAGGGGAAUGGUGUCCAUAAGGGGGAGCUGUUCGGGAUCAAUAACCUCUUCAGGUUACAGACCCAUGGGACAUGCCUCACCCGCAAGAUACUCGAGCGAGAAGGGCAAGUGGAGUCUGGCGUAAUGACAACCAGCACACACACAGGCGAGGAGAAGGAGGAGGAGGAGGAGGAGAAGGGAGUUAGCGAACCUGGCCCUGUACCGAAUGAUGAAUUGGCCAAGGAGAACAGAGAUGCAUCAAAGGUCUCCAAAGGGGUGCUGGACUUUAGCAGUGGGAGUGAAGAGGAUGAGAAUGAGCAGGAACUUAAGAGGAAGACAUCAAACCCUGGUGCAGUGGAUGGCAACAGGAGUGGGAAUGCUGCCACUGGUCCUGGUCGAAUGAGUCUCUUCCAGCAUGGUUUCUCCAGACUUCUCGAAAGGGUCAAAGGAAAACCAGAGUUAGGAGAAGGGGACAGUAGUCCAGAUGUUGAAGAAAGCCCUUCUGAGGAAGAUGCUGAGGAUCAAAAGAGAGAGGGUACCUCCUCUGGCAACUGCAAGGGCUCCAAUACAAGAAAUGGUGCAGCCUGUCUCCCGAAAUUGGAUACAAAAACCUGGGACAUCACCAGGACAUCAGACAGGGAAGGCAGGGAAGAUGGAAACGGAGGGAGACAAGAGAGGGUUUCUCUGGUGAAACAGAGUGACGAUGUAAGGAAGAGACUGGGUCUGAAAGGACAGACAAAUAAGACAAUUACAGUGGAUUAUGAGAGUGAUGGAAAUUCCUCACCAGAUCAAAAGAAACUUAACAAGCUUAAAACUGCAGCUCCAAAGUUGCAACACUUUGAGGGUUACUCAGAUGAAUCUGAUGAUUUGGACAUGGAGACAAAGACAGGGCCCAAGAGGGACGCUUUAGAUUCACACUGUAGAGGAGGGGACAGAGGGAGAAGAAGGCUAAACCUCAACAAAAAGAGGCAAAGUGCUAGUGUCAGGGUCAAGGCCAGAUCCAAAUACUCUGAAGAUAUAGAGACAUUCACAUCUUCAGAAGAUGAACACACUCCUAUUAAGAAAGGGAGAUCUACAGGAUGUCACCUCACAUCUCCACAGACAGAAAGGUCCAGAGUUGAGUUGCCAAAAGAUGGACAGAGAGCUGCAACAACUGACCGAGCCAAGCGACGAGCAGGGACGUCCGGUACUGUUUCAUUUACAAAUCUGAAAAGUCAGACAUCCCCGGCAUCCAAAGGAAAGGAUGGAACUAUUGACAAUGUGCUAGGGGGCGUACAGGAGGUGAUGUACACCCACUCUAACCAGCGUGUGGUGGGCGGGAGCAAAGCAGAGGAGAUGAUCAGUCGAGCUGCUGUACGAGACGUGUUUGAACGCAAGAUGUACUCUCAGCUCCCAGCCAAUCACCUUUUAGACACCAUAGAGAGCCUGUCAGAGAGCCCAUCAGACAGUGAACCGUUCCCUUCUACUGUCAGACUGGAGAAGCCCAGUGCGGAUCAUCCAGUCACUUUCACCAAGAAGAGUGUACACCACACCAGACACACCACCUUCAUCAUUGGAGAGACUCCACAGGCCAUAAGCAGGCAGCAGCUGGUGGAAAUGUCGGAAAAAUUCAAAUUUCCCUCAGUCCAACAGUUUGCAGCAGAGAUUUUGGGAAGUAGCUCAACUCAGAGACUUGCCUGGCUACAAGAGUAUUACACUUCUCUGAACCACCCUGACCUGGCUAAUAUGGUGACAAACAACUUCCCUGAACCUGACUCAGCACGGACCUUCUCCUCCUCAACAUCUCCCAAAACAGCUGCCACAAAAUGUCACGCAGAUGCAAGAACCUCACAAAAGGGUGUUCCAGAAGCCAAGAAAAAGCCCAAAUGCACUCAGAAGAAUCCUGAACCCAACAUUAACCCUGAAAUCCCACAAAACAAUGUUCCUGUGCUACAGAAAAUGCUGAGAAACCCACAAAAUGAUGUUCAAGAACACCAGAAAAAGCAAAAGAUCCCACGAAAGAAUGUUCUAGAGCCUAUAAGUGAUGUUCCAAGCCCCGAGUCAGAGAAGCAGGAGGAAACGGUCUGCAGUGCCAGAGGACAUAAGAGGACAAAGAGGGGUAGUGUUUCUAGUUCUGGAGCCUUCAUAGCUGAUGGUGGUCUUGGCUUGGAUCAGGCCAGCAGCAGUGGUCUGGGGUCCAGUGAGGCUGCUCUUUUCCUGAACCGCACAGACAGAGAUACCCCUUCUUCUCCGGACCUCAGCCAUGGCAGGUCCACCAUGUUACCCAAACCCACAGUGCAGGGAAGAGAGCAAGAGCAAAAAUGGUUUUCCAGGACCAGUGAAACUUUUCAAGGUCAGAGAGAAAAUCCUCAGAGCCCUUCUCCUCCUCAGCAGGCCACAUCUACCUCCAGUCACCGUUCUUUCCUCACAGAUCUAAUAGGAGACACCUCAAUCCUGGAUGAUUUGUUAAAACCCAAAUCCAGGAUUGCACAACAGAGGGGCAACCCCAAAACACCUUCCUCUGUGUCAGUCAGUACUGACUCUGCUUCAGCAGGAAUCAUAGACUCUCUACCUCCUCCAAAGUCAAACACACUACCUACACACCAGGUGUCAUCAAAGAACAGUCGAAAAGAUUUCUGGGACAUCCUGAAUGAGGGCAAUGAGGAGAGUAUCAACAGAUUAACUGACCCGGCAGAAGUGCAGAGGGUUUGCAUCAGCACUAACUUUGUAGGUAAAAGCUGGUCCGGAGAAGAGGAGCGCAAGAGUCUCUGGAAGACUAAUGAGAAGUUCUUGUGGAAGAAAUAAUACAAGAGAGACAAUAGGAUUGUGUUCAAAGUUGAUUUCAUACUAAAGAGAAUGUACCUUUAUGGAAAAUUAAGGCAGACUUGGCUUCCUCUGGUUUUACACAUUUUAUUUUAUUAUUUUAAAAUGUUACAUUACGUUUAUCUUUUUUUACCAACUGUAAUUAUUUUGAAAAUAUUCAGUGUUCAUAUAUUUGUGAGUUACUAGCACAAUACACAAUGAUACUUGAAUAAACAGGGUCUUGGGUCCGGAAAUUUCAAUGUUACAUAUUUCAAGUAAAUGAUUGCCUAUUUUAUUACCUAAAACACACAAUCACAGUGAUAUUACCCCUGAGUAAAACAGUGGAAAUUUAGCAAAAAGAAUCAUUGAUCCUUGAAAUAGUGACAAAUUAUUUGGGGUAAUUGUUUAAUCUCCAGUGCUGUAUAAAAAAAUAAAUAAUUAAAAACGGGUAAAAUAAACUAUUUAAAUGUACUGAUGCGCACAUGUAGUUAAAAGUCACUGUAAAUGCUCAAACUCUUGCUACACCUGAUCUGAUGUUAAGUGAUGACAAAAAAAACAGCCCGAAGCAGGCAUUAGCCAUUAUUGUUAUUGGAUACUACAACAGCCACCGGGGGACUGUUGGUGGCCAUGCAGAGAUAUCACUUAAACUCCAUAAUGGCUGUUAUAUCGCUGUCACUCUAAACACAGAAGUGCCUUGCACUCCCCAUGAGUAGACAGAAUAGUUUCCCUGAGCACUGUUCUGCACAGUAAUCUGAUAGUCUGUGGCUCGGCUCAGUUGUGCCUCAAAAACUCCUCAGUGUGCCGCUGUGCUAUUAGUGGAAUAACAAUAAGCAGUAAAGUCUUUCAAAAGAAUGGAAAUAAUCAUUUGCCUCAAAAUUCACUUCAAAAAACCAAAACACCAAAAAAGUUAUUGACAUCAAACAAAGUAAACCAUAACUCUGUGCAUUAUGUGCACAAGUGCGAAUGCAUGUGCUGUACCUCACAGCUUUGUUUGACCUUUUUCAGCCGCUCCACUGAAUCCUAAAGAUAGCUGCUCUGUGUAAGUGUUGUGUUUUGUUCAGCAGAAAUGAGAAAGUGCUGAUAGCUAUCAAUAAAUAAGAGGAAGGAGUACAUGCCUCAA